ACAGCAGGAGAGGAGAGGCAGUUCACCGUCCACCACCCUGAUCUCUCACAUCAGACACACUGGUAGUCAGCCAGCUGCCUCAAGUAGAAAAGAGAUCCUGGUUUCAUUAUCCAUCUACAGAACGGGCCAUUGACUUCUUCCAGAUUGGACUUAAUUUUCUGAGGCAGAUACCAGCAUAAAGAAACAUUUGGUUUUUCCCUACUUUUUCUUUUUUUUUUCCUUCUUCAGGCUUGGUGAGCAGCACAAGUGGAUUGUUCUUUUGCUUGCCUCAGGAUUUGUACUCGUGGUGUUGGGGUGAGGGGUGUGUGUGAUAAACAGCUGCAAGAGGAGAGAACGGUUUGCACUGCAGCAUCAGGCUGGCAUCUCUUGUUCUAUGUUGCCUCUCGAGGUUGCACACAUGCACAUUUUAACCAGCCAGAAGCAGAAGCAGCAGAGCCUAGCAGCAUUUUUUUUCACGCGUCAAUGGAUAAUCACUACUUUAAGGGCCGACUCCCACUGAGGGAGAAAAGAUAAUGAUUCAGGAAGAACACAGGCAAGCUUUAUGUUUUAAAAAGUAGAAACUUCUGGAUUAAUUAAAAAAAUAAAUAAAAGAGGCUUUGGUGACCGGAUGUUGGCUGCGUCGACCUGAAUCCCGUCCCCUUUUCCUCCACUCCCUCCCCCUCCAGUCCAAACAUGAACUCUUCCUCUGAUGCGAACCAAAGCAUUUCUCCCCCGUUUUGCCUUCUUGGCGCCAUGGGUUACUCUCACAGCCUGGAUACCUGCAUGCUGGAGGUAGUCGUUAUCCUCUUUCUCACUGUGCUCAUCAUUGCUGGCAACUUGGUGGUAAUCUUUGUUUUCCACUGUGCCCCGCUGCUGCACCACCACACCACCAGCCACUUCAUCCAGACCAUGGCCUACGCCGAUCUGCUUGUGGGUGUCAGCUGCCUGGUGCCCUCGCUGUCCCUCCUUCACUACCUCCGAGGUUUGAAUGAGGAGCUUACCUGCAAGGUGUUUGGCUACAUGGUUUCUGUCCUGAAGAGCGUCUCAAUGGCGUCGCUGGCGUGUAUCAGCGUGGACCGCUACAUCGCCAUCACCCGCCCGCUGUCCUACGCCACGCUGGUGACACCGUGCCGGCUAAGGGUGUGCAUCGUUCUCAUCUGGGUUUAUUCUGCUUUGAUUUUUUUGCCAUCCUUUUUCAGCUGGGGCAAGCCCGGCUACCACGGGGACAUAUUUCAAUGGUGUGCAGAUUCCUGGAGAACCAGCCCAGGGUUCAGCACCUUCAUUGUGGGGAUGCUCUAUGCACCGGCUGCGCUCACAGUCUGCUUUACCUAUGGAAGCAUAUUCAGGAUCUGUCGGCAGCACACGAGGGAGAUCACCCAGCGCCAUGCUCGCUUCAGCUCACAGAUGGAGGGCAAUAAAGGCGAGCGGGCUGAGCGGUGUGAGGGCUGCCCCGACAAACGCUACGCAAUGGUGCUGUUUCGCAUCACCAGUGUCUUCUACGUACUGUGGAUGCCGUACAUCCUCUACUUCCUCCUGGAGAGCUCCGGACUGUAUCACCACAAGGUGGCAUCCUUCCUUACAACAUGGCUGGCAAUCAGCAACAGUUUCUGCAACUGUCUCAUCUACAGCCUCUCCAACAGCGUCUUCCGGAAAGGUCUCGGCCGCCUCUUUAGCCCACUGUUUCCUUCGUGUCUUGGCUGCACAGAUGGCAAAAAGGCUCCAGCGCCCGUUAGCCUGCGACCAGAUCCUUGAUGCCAAGUGUGAGACCUCAACGGGUUGGGUUCAGUCUAUUUUUUUGAAGGCGUCUGCCCUCUGUGUGUGCUUUGCCCUCGGCUACAUAGCAUGGCACGUGAUCCCCCUGUACGGAGCAUGGAGAGGGGUCCGAGCAGAUGCCCGUUGGCCAUUUCAAGCGGCCGACUUUGUGGAAAAAGGAGGAAGUUCCUUUUGGCACUUUCUCAAAUGCUCUCGUGUGAUGAUGCUCUUUCAUGGCUGACGACUCGGAGUAGAUGAGGAGUAUGGUCACUGAAAAGAGCCUUUAGUGUCAGUUCGGAGGAUUUCACAUAAACAUUUACUUUAAGAACUCCCAGAUGCAAAAAAAGAAGCACAGUGUGACCUAUGCUGCCUGAUCAACUGAGAUGCAAAAAAAGUAUUUAAAGCUUGACUGGAAAAUCUGCAAAUUUUCUUUCAGGGUAGAACUGAGUGUUAUAAAACAAACACAAAACACCUUACGAUUGCCAAGAAAUUGUUUGUGAGAUAUAAAAAAUUCACUUGAAGCACAUUUCCCAAAGAGAAGAUGUGGGUUUAUUUGGGAGAAUGUUACAUUGAAAGACUGGUUGCUCUUUUUUGAGGGUGGGUGUUAGGUUGGAGCCUCCAACUAUGUUUACACAGUCUCGGGUUCCAUGCGAAAAUGUUGAUUUAAGAAUUAACUCUAUUUUGUAAGAUGGUCACUGACCCAGGAUUCUCCCUCUGCCAGCAGACAGUGGGGUAUUCUGUCAGAGAGACAGUAAGUUUUAUUUAUUUGCAGAAAGUUAAUUUUGUGUUUUGUCCUCAGGUUUAUCAGCAGUUCUUUGUUAAGCCUCUGGGCUGUUUGCCUUUAAUUUCAGCUGAAACAGUAAAUUCAAUUUAUAUUCUUUAUAUAGCAUCCAUACCAAUACAAAUCGUCCCCAGACACUUUGCAAAAUCUAGUCUGAAAGCUGGGCUGAAACCUCCAAAGCAAGUCUGGAGGCAACGGAGUUUUUCCUUCCCUUGAAACUAUAACCUUGAGCAGAGCCCAGCUCAUAUGGGGAGACCCAGCUACCCAAGGCCAGUCUGGUAGAGACAGAAAAGAGAGAGAACAGCAGGAGAAACGAGAUGAACAUAUAUCUGUCAUAGAUACAUACAUCUGACUAAAGCCUACACGUAUAAUUGCCUACAUGUAGGAUCACAAGCCACACAGCGCAACAGAACUCAUGACUCACAACUCAUGACAAUGCAAGAUAUCGAACUCAAGACUCAUGAUAACACAAGAUAAUCAUCUCACUUGUAGUGUAGUCAAUGUUGAUCCUAGCAGAUAGCAGGUUAAUCACGCUUUAAGACCUCUAGCCAAUGGUAUCUUCUUUAAAGAAGGGUUAUGACCUCCCGUCACAAGCCUAGCUUCAGAGUUCAGAGUUUAAGAGCCAGUGAGAGCAUGUGGCUUUUUGACUUCAUGUAAAUACACUUAAAAGUAUUAAAUAUUUAACAGUGGCAAACUGGGCCCUUUGGGGGAUUUUUGGUAGUCUCCGAUUUAUAGUACAUUUCCAGGAAAACAAAUGAUCUGCCUCCAAAGCUGUUCAUUUCUAACUGUUAGUUGAAACGAGCGUCAUUUUGAGAGUUUGAUUUUAAAGUCACAGUGAAUGGCAUCUCUGAGAGCGCCUUGCUCCUGAACAAAAAAUUAACUAUGUACAGAGAAAAGCAACACUAAUAACAUUUAUCUGGUAUUCUUUUGAAUGCAAAAACAUACAAUGAUAUUCAGUCAAAAUCAGAAUUUUGUUUCAUUCAUUUGAAUACCUUAAAUAUGUCAUUAUGCUAUAAAAAUGUGUAUUAUCUAUAAAGAUAGCAUUUCUGUCCAGUUAAAGGUUUUAUUUAUUUAUUGGUUCACUUAACAGGAAAAGUUCCCUUUAAUUAACUUGAAUGUGCUGUGAAUGGACCAGAAUUAGCCACAAGGAAGAAGCUACAAUGCAAAAAUGCGCUCAAACAAGCUAGCUACAGUUAGCCUUGGCAAAAGCUACACUUCACAGCCAAAUAACACUUUCUUUUAAUAAUUCAGAGAAUUCUUGAUUAUACUACCAUGUUAUCUUGCGUAAUAGAGUCAGUGGUGAAAUGAAGCUAUGAAAAACACUGAUAUCUGCUAAGCUAGAUUAGGCUAGUUUGUAUACCUAGCAAGCACUGCCAGAUUUAUUGUGAUCAAGCUACUUUAAAUGACUCAUUAAAACGUGUUAAAAAGCUAUUUAAAUGUGUAUUGAAAAUAUGACACAGUCAAAGACUAAAUUAUGUAAUAAAGAAUAAAUGACAAGUAGGCUAGGCUAGUUGGUUCGCCUAGCUAGCACUGCCUGAUUGAUUGUGGUCCAGCUACAUUCGCAUGACUCAUUUAGAUGUGUUAAAAUUGUAUUUAAAAAGUACAUGAUUGUAUUGAGUUGGUUUGAAUAGUGAAUUAAAAGCUAAAGGAGAACGUACAGUACCAAAAUGUCAAAAGUACAUCUUCUCAAUCAAUGUUUUUUCUUUAUUUGUAUUUUCUACAUUGUAGUAGAAAACAUUCAUACUCUAUGAAGCAACACAUAUGUAAUAAUGCAUUAAACAAAAAAGUGUUAAACAAACCAGAAAAUAGUUUACAUUUUAGAUACUUUGAUAUCUUUGCACUCUCUUGGUGCUCUUUUGGUUAGCUUAAUGAGGUAGCCCCCCUGGAGUGGUUGUCCAAGAAGCCUAAAAGAGUUCCCAAAGGUUGAGCUCUUGUUGGCGGCUCUGCCAUCACUCUUUGGUCUAAAAAAAUUCAAAAAUGUUUUAAACAAUCUCACUUGGAUCUAGGUUGGGUUGAUUGUGCAAACCAUGUUAUCUGACGCAGGACUCCAUCACUCUCCUUCUUAAUUAAUUAGCCUGUGUGUUUGGGGUCACUCUCCAGGUGAAAAACUACCAAGGUCAUGCUAGAUGGGAUACCAUGAGUUCCUUGAAUAAUAAAUUAAUCAUCAACAGCAUUAACAGCAAAACACCCCCAAAGAUCACGCCUCCUCCUUCUCUUUCUCCUCCUCUUUCUCCUCCUCAUCGUUGACUAUACUUCGCAGAGUGAAAAACACAUAUUGAGUUGACCUUGUGUUUCACAGUUGACAUGUGUCUGCUUCUUGAACUCGUUUAUGUAGGGUUCCAGGUUGAUUGACCUUUAUAUCUUAGAGUAAAAAUGUCCUUUCUUUGCUUAAAUGAGUAAGUCUUGCCAUAAUAUGGAUUGGAACAACAGUUGAACAGACAACUAACUACUAACCCUACCUCUGCAACAACAAAACUGAAGGUGUCAAGGAAAACCAUUCCAGGUGACUACCCGCUGAAGAUUAUUGAGAGAACGUGAUAAAUUUUAGAUAUGAAACAUAAUCUGGUUUAUUUAACUUGUUUUGUUUGAUAUAGAGUUCCUUAUGUGUUACUUCCUUAUGUGAACCAUUGAAUGAAAAGAUUCCUGGUACUUUACAUUUGCUUGUUUAUUCAGUGCCAACAAUUUAAAUAUUAAAAAGACAGGAAAAGAAAUUUAAGAAAGAAAUUUAGUCUUGAUCUCAGUUUGGUAUAUUUUUAGCAAAAAUAUGCUCACACAGUGUAUUAAAUAUGUUUUAAAUUUAAAAGAUAGGAUCAGUUACAUAUAUAUGCAGUUCUUAUUUAGUUGUGACUUGUGUGAAGUUGUUGCGAGGCAAUCUUUUUUGUUUUCUCUAUUGGAACGUAUACAACACGUGCAUUUCCACCAUGUUACAGUUCAGACAUGAAUAAUCAAACCUCCGUUCUAUGUGAUGGUAUGUGUUAUGUAUACAAAAUCAGUUAUGAAAAUGUAAUUUCCUGCUAAAUCUUGACAUGUUUGACCUUUGACCUGCAUGAUUCACUGUAUCUGUCUAUUUAAAGAUGCUACUGACAGCAGUUUACUGACUUUACUUCCUGGUUUUAGUAUCCUAACUACUGUACUGUAGCUCAGAUGGUUUACCAUGUUUUUAUGAGGGCUAAGAGUUCCUGCUAGGGUUUAUGCCAGAAAAACGAUCAGCUUCUCCUGAUGCUGACGGGUCAUGCAAAUCUGCAUAAACAUGGCUGACCUUGGAGUUUUGUUGUCUUGUUUUUCCUUAAGACUGUCAACUGCGGGUGUUUGUGCAAUAAAUCACAACAUGGCAAAAAAAACUAUACAAACAAAAACAAAAAAGAAAAUCAUCUUAAGGAUAAUAACAAACUGCACAGAAACAAUCUUAAAUAAAGGGCUUUUAUAACUCUAGCUGAGCAGUUUGCUAUUCAGCAUGCAAUCUAAACUCUGAAUUGUACAUUAUUGUAAAUAGAGAGGUACACCUGUUUAAUUAAAAUUACAUUUGUCUGUUAA